CCCCGCGUGAGCAGUGCCGGAGGACCCUGCCGCUCGCUGCUUCCUGCCCGAGCCUCCAACCCAGUGCCUGGAGGGAUGUGCGUGGCCGCCCAUGGUCCUAUGCCUGCUUCCCCGGUGACGCCUCCUGGUCCCCCACGGGCCCCCACUUUUGGUCGACACUCAGCUCGCUGGUUGGAGAGCCGCCGCCCGGGACAGGCCACCCGGGCGCCCCGGUAGGGGACGGCCCCUGCCCUGAGGGCCGGGAUCAUGAAAGGCCUCGGUGACAGCCGCCCCCGCCACCUCUCCGACAGCCUGGACCCCCCUCACGAGCCCUUGUUCGCGGGGCCUGACCGCAACCCCUACCUGCUGUCGCCCACCGAGGCCUUCGCCAGGGAGGCCCGAUUCCCCGGCCCCAACACCCUGCCGGGGGAUGGGCUCUUCCCGCUCAGCAACCAGCUGCCCGCACCCAGCAGCACCUUCCCCCGCAUCCACUACAACUCCCACUUCGAGGUGCCAGAGGAGAGCCCCUUCCCCAGCCACGCCCAGGCCACCAAGAUCAACCGGCUGCCGGCCAACCUCCUGGACCAGUUCGAGAAGCAGCUGCCCAUCCAUCGCGAUGGCUUCAGCACGCUCCAGUUCCCCCGCGGGGAGGCCAAGGCCCGGGGCGAGAGCCCGGGCCGCAUCCGCCACCUGGUCCACUCGGUCCAGCGGCUCUUCUUCACCAAGGCGCCCUCGCUGGAGGGCACGGCGGGCAAGGUCGGGGGCAACGGCAGCAAGAAAGGCGGCCUGGAGGACAGCAAGGGCCGCCGGGCCAAGAGCAAGGAGCGGGCCAAGGCCGGCGAGCCCAAGAGGCGCAGCCGCUCCAACAUCUCGGGCUGGUGGAGCUCAGAUGACAACCUGGACGGUGAGGGGGGCGCCUUCCGCGGUCCCGGGCCCACCUCCGGGCUGAUGACGCUCGGCCGCCAGCCCGAGCGCAGCCAGCCUCGCUACUUCAUGCACGCCUACAACACCAUCAGCGGGCACAUGCUCAAGGCCGCCAAGACCACCGCCUCGGAGCUGACGGCCCCGCCGCCCCCGCCCGCACCCCCCGCCACCUGCCCCAGCCUGGGCGUGGGCACCGACACCAACUAUGUCAAACGGGGCUCCUGGUCCACGCUGACCCUCAGCCACGCCCACGAGGUCUGUCAGAAGACCUCAGCCACCCUGGAUAAGAGCCUGCUCAAGUCCAAAUCCUGCCACCAGGGGCUUGCCUACCAUUACCUGCAGGUGCCGGGCGGUGGCGGUGAGUGGAGCACCGCGCUGCUGUCCCCGCGCGACGCCGACUCCGCGGCCGAGGGACCCAUCCCGUGCCGGCGCAUGCGCAGCGGCAGCUACAUUAAGGCCAUGGGCGACGAGGACAGCGAUGAGUCCGGCGGCAGCCCCAAGCCCUCGCCCAAGACAGCGGCGCGGCGCCAGAGCUACCUGAGGGCCACGCAGCAGUCGCUGGGAGAGCAGAGCAACCCCCGCAGGAGCCUGGACCGCUUGGAUUCUGUGGACAUGCUGCUACCCUCCAAGUGUCCCAGCUGGGAGGAGGACUACAACCCCAUCAACGACAGCCUCAAUGACUCCAGCUGCAUCAGCCAGAUCUUUGGGCAGGCGUCCCUGCUCCCCCAGUUGUUCAGCCACGAGCAGCAGGUUCGGGAUGCGGAUCUGAGCGACCAGUACGAGGCGGCCUGCGAGUCCGCCUGCAGCGAGGCGGAGUCGGCCACGGCCGAGGCGCUGGACUUGCCGCUGCCCAGCUACUUCCGCUCCCGCAGCCACAGCUACCUGCGCGCCAUCCAGGCGGGCUGCUCGCAGGAGGAGGACAGCGUGUCCCUGCAGUCCCUCUCCCCGCCGCCCAGCACCGGCAGCCUCAGCAACAGCCGCACGCUUCCGAGCUCGUCAUGCCUAGUGGCGUAUAAGAAGACCCCGCCACCGGUCCCGCCGCGCACCACGUCCAAGCCAUUCAUCUCCGUCACCGUGCAGAGCAGUACCGAGUCCGCCCAGGACACCUACCUAGACAGCCAGGACCACAAGAGCGAGGUGACGAGCCAGUCAGGCCUGAGCAACUCGUCGGACAGCCUGGACAGCAGUACCCGGCCCCCCAGCGUGACCCGGGGCGUGAUCACCCCGGCCCCCGAGGCCCCCGAGCCACCCCCGAAACAUGCAGCUCUGAAGAGUGAACAGGGGACGCUGACCAGCUCCGAGGCCCACCCCGAGGCCAUCCCCAAAAGGAAACUGUCAUCGAUAGGAAUACAAGUUGACUGCAUUCAGCCAGUGUCCAAAGAGGAGCCCAGUCCCGCUACCAAAUUCCAGUCCAUCGGGGUUCAGGUAGAGGACGACUGGCGAAGCACCGUCCCCUCGCUCAGCAUGUCCUCCCGCCGGGACACCGACUCGGACACCCAAGAUGCCAAUGACUCGAGCUGCAAGUCGUCCGAGAGGAGCCUCCCCGACUGCACCCCACACCCCAACUCCAUCAGCAUCGACGCCGGUCCGCGGCAGGCCCCCAAGAUUGCCCAGAUCAAACGCAACCUCUCCUAUGGAGACAACAGCGACCCCGCCCUGGAGGCGUCCUCGCUGCCCCCGCCGGACCCCUGGCUCGAGUCCUCCUCCAGCUCCCCGGCAGAGCCCGCGCAGCCCGGGGCCUGCCGCCGCGACGGCUACUGGUUCCUGAAGCUGCUGCAGGCCGAGACGGAGAGGCUGGAAGGCUGGUGCUGCCAGAUGGACAAGGAGACCAAAGAGAACAAUCUCUCGGAAGAAGUCUUAGGAAAAGUCCUCAGUGCUGUGGGCAGUGCCCAGCUCCUGAUGUCCCAGAAAUUCCAGCAGUUCCGGGGCCUCUGUGAGCAAAACUUGAACCCUGACGCCAACCCGCGUCCCACGGCCCAGGACCUGGCCGGGUUCUGGGACCUGCUGCAGCUGUCCAUCGAGGACAUCAGCAUGAAGUUUGACGAGCUCUACCACCUCAAGGCCAACAGCUGGCAGCUGGUGGAGACCCCCGAGAAGAGGAAGGAAGAGAAGAAACCACCCCCUCCGGUCCCAAAGAAGCCAGCCAAAUCCAAGCCGGCGGUGAGCCGGGACAAGGCCUCAGACGCCGGGGACAAGCAGCGGCAGGAGGCCCGCAAGAGACUGCUGGCAGCCAAACGGGCCGCGUCUGUGCGGCAGAACUCGGCCACAGAGAGUGCGGACAGCAUCGAGAUCUAUGUCCCCGAGGCCCAGACCCGGCUCUGAGAACCAGCAAGGAUCAACGCUUUUAAGUCAUUAAAAACAAAAACGAAACAAAACAAAAAAAAAAACA